UUAAGACUUACCUCUCGACGCUUUUGGAAUGUUUGACAGAGCCAACCUCGGGCUCAUUGAUUCGAACCUCCGUCACUGUCGACAAGAGAAUGGCACAAGUUGUCACAGACAUUCCCUACAGAGCGGAUGAGAGCCAUCCGGAUCAGGAAUCCCGCGUUGCUCCAAUCCCUCGACCUGGUUAUCACGGGAGAUAUCCUCGGUGGAUUGGCCACAAAUUCGAACCCGAUGGCAGCGUGCGCAGCUUCCCUGGCCAUGGAAUUAUGUGUCACUUACCACCGCACGAUGCAAUGUAUCAUGCACUCCAACAAUUCCGCGAUGACUUGCAGCAGCAAGACUUUGCAUCGUCAUUGGUCCUGCUGCCACCUUCGGUUUGGCAUAUGACGGUAUAUGAGGGUGUGUCUGACCAGAUUCGCAAACGUAACGGGCGGCCAGGGGAAUUGGACCUUGACUGCUCGCUAGAACAAUGCCAUAAGUUUGUCACUUCCAAGUUGGCGAGCUUCGAUCUCGGCUGCGAGCCAUGGUUUCGCAUGAGACCUGUGGGUUGGGAACCGAUUGAGGACGGUAUCGCCCUGAAGAUCGCAGGGGCGAAUGCUGUUGAGGAGGAGAAAAUUCGCGGUCUGCGCGACAGGCUUGCCAACCUGCAUACCGUGGAGCAGCAUGACAAAGAGGAUCUUGCAAGAUAUCUGCAAAUGGCGCUCGAAAAACUGCCCAAGGAAUUCGAGCUUGGGGCACCUGGUUUCUGCACUUACGAAAACAUGGUUGCAAUCAAUCGAAAAUUCGACCUCAUCAAUCAGGCAGAUGGUGUGUAG